GAUUUUUAACCUACGCUUUGCACACGAAAACAGAACUAACAUUUGAUAUUUUUAUUUUCGCAAUAGUAAGCAGAGUUAUAGUAACAUAAUUAUGAAUAACAUGUUCAAACUAAAAUUGUCCGCACUGGGACACCCAAAUCCUGAGAGCUUCAACUGUAAUGAUAAAACCGAGUACAGAAGUGUAGUUCUAUGGUUAGAAGACCAGAAGAUAAGACAUUACAAAAUUGAAGAGCGGGAAGGGCUUAGGCAAAUCGAAACGGACGAAUGGGAUGCGGCGUAUGACACAUAUCAGAGGGACCUCGUAAGCCCUGUUAUUGAGGGUUCCCCUAAUGAACAGCUCAACUGGCUGAUGUCGUAUGCCGUCCGGUUAGAAUACGCUGACAAUGCUGAGAAGUACAAAGAAAUCAAAGUAGAGCAACCCAAACAAGCUACACCUAAUGUAGUCUCUUCAAACCCAUUGGAUAAUCUUGAUUUUUCAAGUCCAGCAUUCAAGCAAGGCAUUGACAGAGUGUCAACCCUGGCUGGAAUUGGCCCUCAUCCUGACCCCAAGCUCCGCCUGGCAGCACUGGCCAAGAUCCUAAAAACAAAUCCUCACCCAGAACCCCCUGCGAGUGAGGCGAAUAUUGUCAAGGAACCUGCCGAUGUCCUGACACUCCUCUUCGUCCAAGAUUUGAGGGACUUGCAGACAAAGAUCAACGAGGCAUUGGUAGCAGUCCAGAAAGUGACUGCUGAUCCUCGUACAGACACAAAGCUGGGUCGUGUGGGGAGAUAAUUGUAUUUUGUUAACAUUCGUCUCAGUGUAAAGGAAAUUUAUGAAUGACAGUUGUUAAAUCACAUUUGCUUAGCACACUGGAUCCGAUAAGCACAUCGAGAUAUCACUAUAAUAUGCACAUAGCAUUGCAUAUUAUAGUGCAUCCAAGACAUCCAUGCAUCGGGAUAUGACUAUAAUAUGCGCUUAGCAACAUCGGAGCGACAUGUGAAUUGGAUCCAGUGUGCUACGAGCCUAAGGUAGAAGAUCAUCACUGAGAAAUACAAUAAACUUUGACACUGAUUAUUCCCGAAUUGGGUGCUGUGCAAAUGUAAAGGGAAUCAUCUUAAAAGUCCUUUCCACUGAAGGCAAAAAAUAAAUUUAAGAUACUGCUAAUCUUGUAAUAAAACUUGAUCUUAAUCAUUUCUUCACAGAAAUGAGAACUGAUGUCUUAUUAUUUCUAUAUGAUUAAAUUAUACUAAAAUAAGA